AUGCGAUGCAGUCUCGUUCGAAAGUCAUCUUUGGAAUCGAAUUCUGUCAAGCUGACCAGUUUGACCCCCAAGAAGUACACAUACUGGAUUUCGACCCUUGCCAGAAAGUCUCAGUGGCAAGAGGCUAUUGCGCUGGCCAGCUACCUCCGUGUGGCCUCGAUGACUCAGGUUUUGGACCUAAGAAGUUUCGGGGCAGAGCUGCUUGCUUGCAGCAGGGGGUCCCUGUGGACAGCCUCGUUAGUUCUCGUGGAGCAACUGCGAGCUGCCAGACUCCAAAUGAAUGCGGUGACUUGGAGCGCGGUCCUGACAUCAAUGGCAUCAGCACGUCGCUGGCAGUCGGCAUUUUCCCUCCUCCAGGAGGUCGAGGAGCAAUCACCACAUGAUGCGACAAUCGUACUGUACAACAACAUGAUCACAGCCAUGGGGCCACGGUGGCUGCAAGCCUUCGAGAUUUUGUGCAGAGCACGCAGGCGGCGCUUGCAGCCGACAGUUGUUACGCUGAACUCCUUGCUGGCUGCCUGCUCGCUCGGUGCUGAAUGGUCGAUGUGUCUUCGGUUGCUUGGUACCACGAGCUUUGGCAGCAGCGACUUGAUGUCGCUGAACACUGCGAUAGCAGCAUGCCGAAAUGCAGGACGCUGGGACAUAGCUUGGCUGCUAUUCACCAGGCAGGCUGGCUUGCAAAGGAAAUCAACAAGGAAAGCAAACGCCAAGUCUAUUGAUGUUGUGACUUGUAACACGACUGCGAGCGCAUGUGCCGAUGGCCAACAGUGGCAGUUGGUCUUAGUACUGCACAAGCACAUGGCCAACCGCUUCAUCAAGCCCAAUACGACAACUUUCAACACGAUGAUGGCAUCCUGUGCCAAGGCGCGCCGGUGGCAUUACGCAGUGGAUUUUUACAGGCAGCUGCAAGAGAGCAGUUGCCGGAGCGACAUCAUCACUGUCGCCACACUCCUUGGGGCGGCAGAAGCAUCCAGCCGCUGGCAGCUAGCUCUCAGGACCUAUUUCCACUAUCUCCUGUCAACAGUUCUCAAGCCGAAUGUAGUUGCAAACAACUCCUUGCUUGCUGCCUGUGCUGCUGGCCAACAGUGGGAAGUGGCCAUGCAGCUAGCUUGCGGCGAAGACCACCUUAGCCCACAAGACUUCCUAACACAUUGCAUCCUCGCUCUGAUGCUUCGGCGUGGCAGCCAUUGGAAGUUGAUGCUCGCUCUUAUGGCCCAAGAGAAAGUCGGCCAAGAAUCUGCGCCUUUUUUCCAAACCCUGGCCUCAUCCGUGUGUGAGCAGACCUGCCAUAGCUGGACCUUUCUCCGACGGACUAGGUCGGAUGCUGUCCUAACAACUUCACUUCUGAGAUUAAGCCUUCCCUACCAGAUCGCUUCGACGAAGAUCGCCGCAAAUGCUGGCACUUCCAAGCCCGGGAACCUUCGUGACAUGUUCGUUUCAGUUGUGCAGCAAAGUACGUGGGCCGGCAAGGCUCGCCGACCUCCUGGUGCCACCAAAGAGGAUACGCGCUCCAUGGCUUCUCCAGACACAUGUACCAGGACAUCGCGGAAGUCGAUCGACACCUGUGGGGAGGAGAAGGCUACUCCAGGAGAUCUUGGCUUCCUCGUGAACCAGGCCUACUUAGGUUCCCAGCUUAGCCUGUCUUUGAGCAGCAACUCCCUGUUGGAUCCUGGCGAUAGCAAGCUGCCGUUGCGGCCACUGGGUGGAGGCUACAGCUUGACGGCCCCAAGCGGGCCAAGCAGGACAGCACCAUGCAACGCUGCCUCGGUGGAUGCCUUCAUGGCUCUCCAACAAGGUAGAGCCAAGUCCAUGCUCGUGCCGGCCGCGAAGCCAAUGGUGCCUCAAGGGGCGCCUGCUCGACAACACCCUUCGCAUGUUCCACUCCGCAGUCCAGUGGCUUCUGGGCGUCCGCAAUACGCAGGAUCCAGGUCAUGGCAACCAUGCACUGCGGCAGGAGGAUAUGCAGUUCAACCUGGCCUGCACCGGAUCGUUUGA